AUGGGUAAUCACCUUGCACCGGCAUCGCGGCACCGACAGCCCAGUCCGGAUCCAGCAGCCAACAACGGAGGCCACAGCAGCGCGGCGUCGUCUAGCGGCGACGACGUCGACAUCGACGUCCCGGCCCUGCCACAAGACGUCCUCUUCGACAUCCUGCUGCGUCUCCCCGGCAAGCAGCUCUGCCGCCUCCGCGCCGUCCGCCGGUCGUGGCGCUCCGUGCUCUCCGACCCGCUCUUCGUCGCCGCCCACGCGGGCCGCAACCCGGAUCUCCUCGUCGCGGCGGCGGACGUGGACCUCCUGUACGACGCGGCUGCGUCCGGCCGCCGGGUCGUAGGGCGGCGCCCCCGCGUGCUCGACCCGGACAACGGCGCCGAGUCCCUCCUGCCGGACCACGUCGACCACCACGGCGAACCCGACACCUUCUUCGUUCUCGGGUGGGCGGCGGCGGCGACCUCCAUGGGGGGCAAAGGAGGAGGGUACAAAGUGCUCAACAUCACGCUAGACUUCGUUCUCGGGUGGGCGGCGGCGGCGGCCUCCAUGGGGGGCAAAGGAGGAGGGUACAAAGUGCUCAACAUCACGCUAGACCGUGGACGCCACGUGCAGCGCUGCAAGGUGCUGACACUCGGCGUCGGCGGCGUCGGUGGCGGCGUGUGGAGGAAGGCGCCGAACACGCCGCUCGACGUCAAACGUGAACCGUGGUCGGCGGCGGUCGCCAACAGAGGGGUGGUCUACAUCGUGGCAUGCGGCCGCCGCAUCCGGGCGGAGUGGAUCGCGGCGUUCGACCCCAGGACGGAGCGGUGGCGGCGGGGGCUCAUCCGAGUCCCGCCGAGCAACGCGCUGUCAAGCCUCCUGACGGAGACGGGAGGCCGCCUCGUCGCAGCCUCCGGCUCCUUCUCCUACGCCUCCGCCAUGCACCUGUGGCGUCUCGUGGGCGGCGAAGACGACCCGGAGGCCGCCGUCUGGCACAAGAUGUGCACGAUUAUUGGCACCGUAGACUCCAAUGGCAACGUCCAUGUAGUAGGACAUGCGCGCCACAUCCUCGAAACCCUUGGUUCUCGGAUCAUACACCCGCAGCACCCAGUUUUUGUCACCGGCCGCACUGACGAGAAGCAGGGAACCGUGCAACUGCACAGGCGACCACACCAGGAAGGCGAUCCUCCCGCCGUCGAGCACCCACGGGGGCAUCGCGAUGUCGAAUCUCUCAUGGUGGCCGCCGCGCUGUAUCCGCGACAUGUGCACCGUGCACAUCUUGUGCCAGACGGCGGCCUCCGGGUCGUCUUCGCCGCCCACGAGACGCCACAGGUGCACGGCGGAGGCGUAGGAGAAGGAGCCAGAGACCGCGACGAGGCGGCCUCCUGUCUCCGUCAGGCUGGACAGUGCGUUGCUCGGCGGGCCUCGGAUGAGCCCCCGCCGCCACCGCUCCGUCCGGCCUGA